AUGACGCCACAGGAAGAGUUCGAUAAAAUUACUGAAUUUGCCAAUAAACUUACGGGACAACUAUUUUUCGAAAGGUAUAACAGAGCUCAAUUUGAAAUCACAUUGGAUAUUCUUCCAAAACCUGGAGGCAGUUGCAAAAUUUUCUUUAGUUCCUCCUAUCCAGAGAUCAAGCCUGGAUGGAUAGUAACUUUUGGACGUCAAGUUGUCGAUGCUAACUUCCCAGUGGAAGUCUCAACAAUUCUUCAAGCUUUCAUGUGCUGCAUGUUUGUGAUUACCAAACGCCUUGGUGAAGAAUUACCAUCAACCAUAAUCCAAUUCGAUCCGGAUUUCUCUGAACUUCUAAACAUUCGACUACCGGGACUCUCCGUGAGCACGUUUUUCGUCUAG